CUUGAUAUUUACUAUGGCCGUAUGAGAACAAUACAUAGUAUUUCUCCUGUAAAGGAAAUUUCCAUGUCCUUGUAUGACAUCCUGUGUCCAACCUUACGAAAGACUUCUUUCUUGUCACAAGGCUUUUGCCUGUGUGUGGAACUUGGCCGGAAAAUCUGUAAGUGCGGCUCGAUAGCCAUUGCUGUAUGUACCUGAUUUUUUCUGGAACUAAUGUCAAGUUACAGCAUCGUACUCACGUUUUUUUCUGUCCAACUUUAUACACGAUCCAGGAUCGUGUUCAAAACUUCGGGUCAUGGACCUACCACGGUGAUUCAAUUGAUAAGAUGUUGAAUACAACGAUUCGAUCCAAUAUGCGGUCCGAGAGCCCAGAGACAGGCCAUGCCCCACGAACUAUCCGAUCUUCCUCCCUCAUAUUCACCGGAUGUCGCGAAUCGUGAGCUUCUAACUUGUGGGACGAGUUCCACAUUCAUCUCCGAAUUGUCG